AAUGGGAGCCAUUCCAGUCGGCUUCAAUUUGCAAUUCAACUGUCGCUAUUGUUAAAAGUGGAAAUUUAAAACGCCAUUAUGAAACUACUCAUAAAGAUUUUUAUACAAAAUUUCCUCCAGGUAGUGAAGUGCGUAAAAAAAAAGGUCCAUACAUGUAUAUUAUUUUUCAAAAAUAUUACGACUACACUUAUACGGUGUAUGAGCGAACAAGAGAAAUCAACUGA